AUGCGAGCACGCAGAGACCCGAUGGAAUCCACUCGAUCGCCUACCUCGAAGUAUCGGAAAUCUCAGGAUUUCUCAUUACUAAUUCUCAUCAACAAACUCUCUACUAACCGAGAAUCCUUGCGGGUAUCUCUCGAACACCGAGGAGAGAACUUCGUGCACAGCGCUCCUUCCUUCUCCAAAUUCCUCCGCCGACUGUUCCGUAAGCGUAGUACCCCAAGCAGCCACCCGGUUGCUUGUUUGCGUUUCACAUAUGGUGGCCCUGUGGCUGAUCCCGUCUAA